AUGGCGCGACGCGUGGUCGCCGUCGCGGCGAUUCUCUCUCUCGCGUGCCUCGCUCACGACGUCCGCGCGGACUACGCCGGAUGCGACGUCGCGCUGCGCGCCGCGUGCGGCUUCGGCCUCGACGGCGAGGUCCUGUCCAAGUUCAACGACGCCGUCGGAGGCUCAAAGCACGGGAUGAAGAUGCUCGAGCGCAUGUGCGGCGAGGCGUGCAGUCGCGCGAUGCACGACGAUCGGUGCGUCGCCGCGGGGUGGUCGGAAUCGAUGACGGAUCGCAUAUUAGACCGGUGCGACGAGGUCGAAGCCGCGAAAGCCGACGCCGAGAGACGCAUGGCGGAGAAGGAGAAGGCGGACGCGGCGGAGAAGGACUCCAGGGACAAGAUGACCGAGGCGGAGAAGAAGCGCGCGGACGGGGAGAACUGCAGAGAACAGCUGGCGCGCGCGUGCGGCAUCGGGGAAGACGCCGAUCCCGAGGUCGUCAUAAAGAAGGCGUGCACCCGCGCGUGCACGAACAUCGUCCACGGCGACCACUGCAAGCGCGCGGGAAUCACGGAUAAGAAGUUGAAGCGGCAUCUGCUCUGCGGCGAGAUCGAUCCGAAGACGAGGGAGCUGAAGCCGGACACGCCGCGACCGAAGCUGUGUCAGCGAGGACUCAAAACUAUCUGCGGCGUCGACGGUGACAUCCUCCGCUUCGACCCCGCCACCUUCGAAAGCGGCGCGCACGAUAAGACGAAGCUCUGCAGCGCCGAGUGCGUGGAGCUGACGCACAGCAAGCACUGCCAGGCGUUGGGGGUGCACGAGCGUCUCGUUCCGGAGGAUCUGUGCGAUCGGAUGGCGUGCGAGGACUUCGAGGAGGAGGAAGGGAUCUGCCAGGAGGAUCUGUGCGACCCGAAGUGCAAGCUGUCCACCGAACCCAAGUGCGCGGCGACGGCGGCGCACCUCGGCAUCGCGGAGGUCGACCUCCUCGAGUGCGCCGUCAAACGCGGCGAGAUGACGCAACUCGAGCUCGACGCGCGCUUCCCUCCCGGCGAGCGAUUCAUCGAGCAGUGCGUCAAGCACGACGCGUGCCACGGCGACGAGGACGCCGACGGCGAGGAGGACAGACUGUGCGCGGACGAGUGCCCGCUUCGCACCGAGCGAUGCGCGUACACUCGCCGGGCGAUCGGGUUGGACGGCCGACCGAUGGAGGUGCAGUGCGCGGCGGAGGAGAUGGGGGUGAUGGACUGCGACGCGCUCGAUGACGCGGUGAGCGACGUGUUGGAAUCGUGCCCGGGCGUCGCGGAGACGACGUGGCGCCCCGACGACGACGACGACGACGAAGACGACGACGACGUGAAAACGCGCGACGCGUGCGAAGCCGUGUUCGGGUACGGCGCGUCCGACGACGGGCGCGGGAACGCGUGCGCGGCCGCCGCGAGGGAGAAGCUGGUGGGGUUCACGCUGAAGUGCAUCUUAAACGGCAAGAAGAAGGUCAUCAAGAACAAUCGGAUAGCGUACGCGAGAGAGGACGAGGACGAAGCCGCGGAGGCGGUGGCGAAUUUAUUUUUUUUCCGAUGCGGCGGCGAGGGCGGCGAGGGCGGCGGCGGCGGCGACGAAGAUUCGAACGUCGCGCGCGAGCCCGGGGUGUGGAGGACGGCGCCGAGGUACGUCUCGCCGAUGGACGGCGCGAGGGUUUUCAUGGGGGACGACGCGGAGGACGACGCGGGCGCGAACGGAGGCUUCGCGCCGCGCGACGACGCCGAGAACGCGCGCCUCGCGAUCGAGAAGUUCACGACGCUCCUGCGCACGGCGUCGAAGGACUCCAAGGUCCUCAAGGACGCCCUCCGCGCGCUCCGCGACGAGAUCCUCCGCGUGAAGGACGACGCGACCGCCGUCGAAGCGCUCUUCGCGCUCUUCGCGGGCGCGCACGACCUCUGCGUCCGCCUCGCGGGGCCGCCGUCCUCGCGCGGCGCGAACAACCCGCACGAGAGGGUCGAGCGCGCGCUGCGCCUGCGCCUGUUCCUGUGUGUCGCGGGGGAGACGUGGGGGAGCGCGCCCGCGCUGCGCGCGAGGGCGCUGCGCCUGACGUACCGCUUCGCGAAGGAAGAAGAGGUGGACGCCGCGCGCCAGGCGCGGGCGACGCCGAAGGGCGCGUCGCUCGGCUCGAGAGGGCUCGUCUUCGGCGGCGGCGGCGGCGGCGGCGUCGGAGGCGACGGCUCGACGACGACGACGCCCGCGCUGGCGUCCUCGCCCGUUACUCCACCGAGCGCGACGACGGACAAGAAGAAGGCCGACAAGGGGGUCCCGUCCGCGUGGCUGCGACGCGCGCCGAGCUCGGUGCACGGCGCCGUGGACGUGUCCAGCUGGCGCGCCGUCGCGGGGGAGCUGACGAAGUGCUCGGGCGCGAAGCUGGUCCCCGUCGUGUUCGCGCUUCUGGACGAGCAGCACGAGGAGGAGGCGAAGCGGCGGUUCGCCGCGCGGAGCGACCCGACGCGCGUGGAGAUGGACGCGAAGACGACGCCGACGACGACGACGACGACGACGACGCCGACGCCGCCGGCGGCGGAGGUCGUCGGGAGCGACGACGCGUCGUCGCCGAAAGAAUCCUCGCCGCCGUCGCCGCAGCCGUCGCUGCCGGACUUCAUCGACCUCUCUGGCGACGAUCCCGCGACGUUGGAGCUUCAGACGACGUCCGGGUUGGGGUCGAUGUCGUUGGACGCGUCGGUGCCGUUCCCGACCGCGACGUUCGGGAUUGGACCCACGGAGAUUUCCGCGGACCCGCGGCGGACGGACGGGGAGGCGACGUGGGAGCGGUUCGAUCCCCCGGACAGCGCGGGCGGCGGCGGGGGAGGUGAGCCUGGUUCCACCGCGUCGUCGGGAAGGUACCCGGCGGAGAUGAACCCGUUCGCGCGGCCGCGGGCGGAGACGACGCCGACGCCGACGCGUGCGCAAAUGGGAAACGACGAGUUUGAAAAGAUUAUGAAGUCGCUGUCGACGAAGUGA